AUGAUUAGUAUUUUUUUAUUAAUAUUACUAUUUGUUCUCAUAUUUGAAAAUCCAACAAAAUCUAUAAAAAUUAGAAACACUUAUUAUAUGCACAUGUAUAAUAAUGUCAAUAUCAAUAAUUUUGCAGAAAAAGAAACGAGAGGCCAAUAUCCAAAUAGAAAAGGGGCAAAUAAUGUUUUAUUUGAAGAUUAUCGAAAUAAGUUUAUGCCUUUAUUUGUGUCUAAAGGGACAAAUAUAUUAAAUUCCAUUUUAAAAAAUAGAACAUUUAGACAUAUAUAUAAUGAUCCAGAAAGAAAUACGCAAAAAAUUUCAAAAAAUAAUUCUAAGAGUUCUGCAUUUCUUUACACCCUUCAUAAACAUUCGAAUGUAUUAGGUAGAAGUCCAAAAAGUAAGAGUUUCCAGGGAGAUGAUAUUGAUAUAGAAAAAAUGAAAAAUAGUAAUGAUGAAGAUAACGAUAGCACAAACAAUAUAAGUAGUAGAAUUAAUAGCAAUAAUAUUGAUAAAAGGUAUUCAUUUGACUAUAUAGGGAAUAAUUUAAAUGAAUAUCCCGAGAAAAGAUUUUUCAGUUUUACAUCAAAUAUAAACUAUGCUCAAAGUGACUUUAGGGAUGAUUCUAAUUGCAGAUACAUAACUAGAGACAAUUUAAAGAAAAAAAACGAUAAUGUAAAUAAUAGAGAAGAAAAAGUUUUAAAGAAUCUAAUAGACAAUUUUUCAAAUUUAAACUGGUAUAAUGAUAUAAUUGAUGAUGGAAAUUUAAAGCAAUCACAAUAUUCAAAAGAAUUGGGGUCUUAUAUAAAAUCGGAAAACGAUAAAUCAUUACACUACUAUUCAGAUGGCAUAUUAGAGCGUCUUUAUUCGUAUAAAAAAUUUAAUACAAAAAAUAAGAAAAAAAAAAAAAAUUUUAAUAAAUUAUUUUACAGCUUUAAGCCAUUGGAAACUAUUCAUACGCUAAAAAAAAGAACUAUAAUUGCGCAGCCUAUUCAAAAUAAUGUGGAGAUAGGAGCACCUUUAUUGUACAGUGACAAAAAUGGAAUAUCGAUGAGCAAUAUAAACAAAAGACAAAUAAAAUUCGGAGAUAAACGAAUAUACAUGAAAAAGGGGGAUACUUGUGAAAGAAAUGAAAAUGAAAAUAUUGAUGAUACCGAAUUUUUAACAUCCGAAGAAACAAAUAAUAAAAAAAAAAAAGCAUAUAAAGAUUAUAUUAAUUAUAUAAAUGAAAGACGAUAUCCAUAUAUAAAUUAUUUAAAAAUGAAAAAUGAAAAAAUAAUAAAAAAAUUGUUAAUUGCUAAUAAUGGUAUGGCUGCAUUAAAAUGCAUAUUGUCAUUAAAAGAAUGGUUAUUUAAAACAUUUAAUGAUGAGAAUUUGAUACAAAUAAUAGUAUUAGCUACUGAUGAUGAUAUAAAAAGUAAUUCCAAGUACAUAUCUUUAUCAGAUAAAGUUAUUAAAGUUCCCCCUGGAAAAAACUGUUAUAAUUAUGCAAAUGUUUCUUUAAUUGUUGACAUUGCAAAAAAAGAAAAGGUUGAUGCAGUCUGGCCAGGUUGGGGACAUUGCUCGGAAAAUCCAUUAUUGUCAUCCAUGCUAGAAAAGGAAAAUAUAAUUUUUGUUGGGCCGACUGAUACCGUUAUGGAAGCAUUAGGUGAUAAAAUAUCAGCCAACAUUUUAGCUCAAAGUGUUAAUGUACCUGUUGUUAAAUGGAGUGGCGAUAAUUUAAAAAUUAAAGAUUUUGAAAAUAAUUCAAUUAAUCAAGAUAUAUAUAAUAAAUCUACUAUUCAUUCGUUAGAAGAAUGUAUCAGUGAAUGCAAACGGAUUGGCUAUCCCGUUAUGAUAAAAGCGUCGCAAGGUGGUGGUGGGAAAGGUAUUCGAAAGGUAGAAAACGAAAAUGAAAUAAAAAAAUAUUAUGAACAAGUUCAAAAUGAAUUACCAAAUUCACCAAUAUUUUUAAUGAAAUUAUGUAGCAAUGUUAGACAUAUUGAAAUACAAGUUGUUGGUGAUAUGUAUGGAAAUGUUUGCUCAUUAAGUGGUAGAGAUUGUACUACACAAAGACGAUUUCAAAAAAUAUUUGAAGAGGGGCCACCAUCUAUUGUUCCUCCACAUACUUUUAGAGAAAUGGAAAAAGCAUCUAUACGUUUAACAAAAAUGAUCAAAUAUAGAGGUGCGGGAACCAUUGAAUAUUUAUAUGAUCAAGUUAAUAACAAAUAUUAUUUUUUAGAAUUAAAUACUCGUUUACAAGUAGAGCAUCCCGUUUCAGAAGGAAUAACAGAUACCAACAUUGUUGCUAUUCAGCUUCAAGUUGCUAUGGGUAUACCUCUUCAAAAUAUAGAUGAUAUAAAAAAAUUAUAUAAAAUAGAAGAGAAAACAAAAAAAAAUACAUCGUCAAGCAGUGUUAGUAGUGUAAAUGAUAAGUUAAGAUUUCCAAUAAGCGAAAAAGAUAAUAAUAAAAUAGUGAAAACUAAUUUGAGUGAACAACUUGACAUGUUUGAUUUUUACAACAACAUGCCACACACUAAAAAUCAUGUUAUUGCUGCUCGAAUAACAGCCGAAAACAGCAAUGAUAGUUUUAAACCGACGUCAGGCUUAGUAAAAAAUGUUAAUUUUCAAAAUUCGAAAGAUGUAUGGGGUUAUUUUUCUAUCAGCAAUGGGUUUGUUCAUGAAUUUUCAGAUUCACAAAUUGGCCAUAUAUUUGCAAAAGGGGAAACAAGAGAAAUGGCUAGAAAAAACUUAAUUCUAGCACUAAGGAAAUUAAGCAUAGAUGGCGAGAUUAAGACAGUUACAAAAUAUUUAGCAAAAAUAUUAGAAUCUAAAGCAUUUAUAGAUAACAAUAUAACAACAAAUUGGCUAGAUGUUGUAAUAGAACGAAAAAAAAACAUUUAUUACAAUGCUUUUCAUAUAAUUAUUUUGUGUGCUGCCAUAUUUAAACUGUUGAUUUAUUUUAUGAAAGAAAUGGAAAAUAUGGAAGAUAGCUUAAAUAGGGAAGACAUUGCUAUAAAAUCAGAAAAUAGUAUCAAUGAUAUAAGUUUAAAUGGAAAAAUGAAAAGAGCACACAUUUUUGAUAUAAUUUUUCAAAAUGUAAAAUAUAAGUUCAAAGGAUAUAAUACUGGUGAAGAUUUAUACAAAUUGAAUAUAAAUGAUCAAGAAAUAGAAAUGUUAGCAAAAUAUGAUAAAGAAAAUAAUAAAAUAUUUGCAUCAUUCCAUAAUCAAACAUAUAUAUAUACAUGUAUAGAAGAUUCCUUAGGAAUGCAUAUGAAUUUAGGGAAAGAUAAUGUAUUUAUUCCUGUUAUUACUAAUCCAUAUCAUUUAAUAUCAAAUACGAAUGGAAAAAUUGUAAAAUAUUUAAUAAAAGAUGGCGAAAAAAUUAACAAAUUUGAUGAUUACAUAGAAGUAGAAGCGAUGAAAAUGAUUAUGACCUUUAAAUCCACUGAAACUGGUAUAUUAAAGCAUAAAAUGUCAGAGGGUGCUAUGAUAAAAAUUGGUGAUUUAUUAGGAGUUAUAGAAAAGGAAAAGGAUAAUCAGAAUUUCCAAAAUGAUGAUAAUAAUAACAAAAUUAUUGAUUUUAUUGGGCAUCUAAAUUUGUCGAACAAAAAUGCAUAUGAAUUAGAUGGAGCAUUUUUUCCAGAUUUAGCAGAAGAGUCACAUAAUAACGAAGUAUGCUGUAAUAACAUUGAAAAAGAAAAAAUGGAAAACCUCAGAAAAUUUGAUAAUUCGAAAAAUGAUAAAAUUUAUUCCGCAAAAAUCGUCAAUAAUAAUUCACAGGUUAAUACAACAAAUGAAUCAUUGCCUGUUCAAGAUAUAAAAAUGGGAAACAUGAAAAAAGAUGAAAACCAAUUUUGCACAGAAGACGAACAGAUGCAUAAUAACCAAGUAAAUAGACGGAAUAAAUUGUUUUUGAAAAAAAAUAAUGGAAAAAAUAACAAAAAUAAUAUGUUUCGUUUAUUUUCUCAGAAAAACGAUAAUGACAGUAAAAUAAUAGAUUCGAAUAUAGAAAGCGACCCCACAGAUGAUACUUUAAAUUAUGAUAAGAUAAAUAAAAAAAAUACUAGCAAUGAUUCAUUAAAAGCCACCAAAAAAGAACCAGAAGAUGCUACAAAUAUGCCCAAAACAACUAAAGAAAUGUCUAUAGGAUCAAAAAAUUAUUUAAAUGAAAAAUUUAAUUCGGUUAAAAAAUAUUUAACGAAUUUAAAUUUAUCGAUAACAAAAACCAUAAAUAAAAUGAGUACAGCACCUAAUGAAGAGUUAAAAAGUGGUAAUUCUGAAAAUAAUUUAUCUACUACAAAUACAAUGCAUAAUGAUUCAAUCGUUAAUUCUGGUAGCAAUGACUCACUUGUUAGUCAAAGAACGAAUAAUAUAUCAGAAGAAAGAAUAGAUAAUAAUAAAAAUUUGAUAUCUUAUGACAGUUAUAAGAAUCAAUCAUAUACAGACAAAAUGUUUUCUAGUGAAAUUGAUUUUCCAGUAAAUAAUUCCAAAGAUAAAAAAUUGGAUAAAACAAAAAUAAUUAGCGACACUGAAAUGAGCAGAAGCAAUGAUGAAAAUUCACAAAGUAGUAGAAAUAGAACCGAUAGAGAUUGCAAUGAGGAUAUUGAAUUAAAUUUUGAUAACAGUAAAGAUAAAGAAAAUGAAUUUUUCCUUGAAUUAUCAAACAUGAAAAGAAUUGAAUAUUUACUAAAAGGAUAUGAACAAGACUAUGAAAAAUGCUUUGAAAAUUUCUUAAUAGACAAAAAUAAUUUUGAUAAAAAUCUAAAUUAUAUAUUAGAUAAAUUUAUAGAAUAUAAUCAUUUAUUUUCUAAAAAGGAAAUUAUUAGCGAAGUAGAAAUUUAUUAUAUUUUAUAUAAAAGUAUUAGUGAUAAGAAAAAACAAUAUGAAGUUAUACAUGCAUAUACAUACAACUAUUUAAGUAUAAAAUUUCUAGAAAAAAUAUUAAGCAAUUUAAUAAAUAGUAAAAAAAUGAAUUUAUCUUUGCAAAUUUUAAAUAAAAUAAAAAUAUUAAAAGAAUUCAAAGGAAAGAUUUUUGGAUCUAUAAUUUUGCUAUCAAGAUAUAUUAUAUACUUAUAUGAACAGACUGAAAAAAUUCAUUAUUUAGAAUCUUCUUUUCAAUAUAAUAAAAAUAUGGAAGAUAUGAAGAAGCAAAGUUUACAAAAUUAUGUCCGUUUUCUUACUAAGUCGAGCAAUAUGGAUAAUUAUAAAAUACAUCAAAUCUUAAAUAAUACAAAUUAUGAAGAAAAGAUAAAAUUUUUUUUAAAAUCACCAUCUGAUAUCCAUUAUUCUUUACCAUUUUUAUUUAAAACUGAAAAUAUUAAUUAUCAAGAAAUGCUCAAUACAUAUUUACAUAAUUUAUACAAAUAUUCUACUAUAAAAGCUAUGUCACAUUCACCUAAUUGUUUAGUAUUUUCUAUAAAUAAUCAUGAAUAUAAUAACGUCAUGUUAAAUUUAAAUGAAGACAUCACUAUUGAACAGUUUAAAGGUAUGCUGAAUGAUAUAUUAUAUGAAAUGAAGUCUGAUAUGAUAAAUACUUUGCAUAUAAUAAAUAAAAAUGAAACUUUCUUUAAUUCACUGCAAAACUAUUUAGAUAAUGCUGCCAAAAAAGUUAAUAAUUUAUAUAUAUAUAACUAUUUUGGAAAUAAAUAUGGCGAAAUUCAUAAAAUUGAUAUGAACGUAUAUAAAGAACGAGAAAAAAUACAAGACAACCACGAAACAAGUCCAAUAGAAACUAAUAAAAAUGAUUCUACUAUAAAUAGUAAAAUAUAUUUCCUUCCUUUUGAAGAAGAAAUUCUUACUUCAGAGAAUAUUGCAUCAAAUUUUGAAUUAAACAAUGUAGGACAGGAAGUAUUUAAUAAGACUAAAAUAUUACUAGGAACAUAUAAACAAAAUAAUAAAUACACUUCGUUAUUUGCUCAAAGAAUAAUCGAUAUAAAUGAUUUACAAAAACAAGUUGAUUCCGACAAUGCAAAGGUAUAUGAUGAACGAGGGAAUAAUGAAAUGACCAAAAAUGGAAAAAACAAUAUACUAUUGUCAAAAAAUAUAGAAAAGGGCCAAAUGAACAAUCAAAUGUAUGAUAUAUUUAUGUCUGAAUUAAAAGAAUCUAUAGAAGAUAUAAGCAUUUAUAGAUUAAAUCCAUCAAUUCAGGAUAUUAAAAUUAGUAGCAAUAUAAUAUAUCAUAUAGUAUUGCCUAAUAAUUCAAAUAUAGAAGAUCAUGUAAAUGAAAUUAAAGAAAUUUAUAAAAAUUUUCUCAAUAAAUAUAAUGAACUUUUCAUAGAAAACUAUGUUAAUAAUGUAUAUAUUAAAGUAUAUAAAGAAAUUAAAGAAGAAACAAAUAAUGAAACAAAAUUAGAGCUUAACCAAUUGUUGAAAUUGCAUGUUCUUUUUGAUAAUGAAAAAGAGGUUAUUGAAAAAGUGGAUAAAAUAAAUCCAGUUAUUAUCGAUGCAUUGCACUUAAAACGAAAGAGAGCAAGGGAUGUAGAUACUAUAUAUGCUUAUGAUUUUGUUAAGCUUAUAAACAUAUCAUUAAAUAGGAUAAAUAAUACUUUGAAUGACAAUUUUAAUUAUAUUAAUAGUGUGAAAGAAUUCAAGAUAGAUUAUAGUAGGGAAAACUCCGAAGAAAUAAAUGAUGCAGUAAGUGCGGGAAAGAAAGAAAAAUCUCAACCUAAUAAAAAUGAUAAACAAUCUAAAUGGCUUUUUGAAAAUUUUGGCAAUUUAAGUAGUGAUGAAAUUCGAAUAAAAAAAUCACUUUAUCUAUCAAACUCUUUGGAAAUAGGACAAAAUAAAAUGAGUGUAAUCGGACUGUUAAUGAAUGUAAAGACAGAUGAAUAUAAAGAAGGAAGAGAUAUUGCUUUUAUAAUAAAUGAUAUUACAACCAAUGGAGGUGCAUUUAGUGUUUUAGAAGACGAACUAUUUUAUGGAGUAUCAUGCUAUGCGAGAGAAAAAAAAAUACCACGCAUAUACAUAUCUUGCAAUUCCGGGGCUAAAAUUGGAUUAUAUAAUUAUCUUAUGGAUAAAAUUAAAGUAUGCUGGAAUGAUGAAAAUAAAAAAGAACUUGGAUAUAAGUAUAUAUAUAUAACAGAAGAAAUAAAAGAAACAAUUCCUAAAAAAGAUAUUAUUUAUUUAAGAGAAAUUUAUGAAAAUGGAGAAAAAAGAUAUAUAAUUGAUGCUAUAGUAGGAAAUUUAAAUAAUCAUAUAGGGGUAGAAAAUUUAAGAGGUAGUGGGUUAAUAGCAGGAGAAACCUCAAAGGCUUAUGAUGAGAUUUUUACUCUUUCAUAUGUCACUGGAAGAAGCGUUGGAAUUGGUGCUUAUUUAGUUAGAUUAGGUAAACGAACUAUUCAAAAAAAAGGAUCCUCUCUUUUAUUAACUGGUUUUAAUGCUUUAAAUAAAAUAUUAGGUGAAAAAGUAUAUAUAAGUAAUGAGCAAUUAGGAGGUGUAAAUAUUAUGAUGAAAAAUGGAAUAUCUCAAUUAGAAGCUGAAAAUGACCAGGAUGGAGUAAAUAAAAUUUUCAAAUGGUUAUCAUAUGUUCCUAAAACUAGUGACAGUUAUUUUUAUGCUCUUGGGGAAUCAACAAAAUCAUUUCAUAAUAAAUUUCAAGAAAAUAGCAAAUGUGAUAUUAGCAAAUCUAGAAACUUAAACAAUUCAAUUGGUUCUGAUCAAGAAUCCAAUAAUUAUCCAACGGGAUACACUAAUGAUCGAGGCAUACAAGAGUAUGUAAAAAAGAACAGUUUACACAGCAGUUCAGAUAGUACUACUGUUGAACCAGAAAGUAUCAAAGAAUGUGAUACUUCACUUAUGCACACCAAUGAAAAAAAUGGUGAUGAAGAAUCAGGGAACGAAAUUAGUGACAUCAUUCCAGAUAACUGGAACAAAAUAAAUGAUGUAGAUAUGGAAAAUGUAAAUGAAGCAGAUAUCAUCGAAUUACUAAAAGGGUCAGAUAAAAAACAAGGAUUUUUAGAUAAAAAUAGUUACUUUGAAUAUAUGAAUGAAUGGGGAAAAGGUAUUAUAACUGGAAGAGGAAAAUUAGGAUCAAUACCAAUUGGUUUUAUUGCUGUAAAUAAAAAUUUAGUUACCCAAACGGUUCCAUGUGAUCCAGCAUUGAAAACUAAAGCUAUAAAAACAACAAAUGCCCCAUGUGUUUUUGUGCCUGAUAAUUCGUAUAAAACUGCGCAAUCUAUUGAAGAUUUUAAUAAAGAAAAUCUACCUUUAUUUGUAUUUGCAAAUUGGAGAGGUUUUUCAGGAGGUACUAUGGAUAUGUUUAACAGUAUCUUAAAAUUUGGAUCAAUGAUAGUUAAUCAAUUAGUUAAUUAUAAGCAUCCCGUUUUUGUAUACAUACCUAUUUUUGGAGAACUUAGAGGUGGAUCUUGGGUAGUAGUAGAUGAAACAUUGAACAGCCAAAUAAUAGAAAUGUAUGCAGAUAAUAAUAGUAAAGGUGGAAUAUUAGAACCUCCAGGAUUAGUAGAAGUCAAAUUUAAGUUCGCAGAAAUUAAGAAAUUAAUGAAUAACAGUGAUCCAUAUAUAAUAGAACUAAAUCAGAAGCUCGCGACUCUUCAGAAUGAAGAAGAAAUUUUAAGUGUAAAAAAGGAAAUAGAAAAGAAGGAAAAGGAAAUGCUUCCAUUUUAUUUACAAGUAUGUCAUAAAUAUGCAGAUCUACAUGAUGUAUCCUUAUGUAUGAAGGAGAAAGGUGUUAUUAGAAAAAUUGUUCCAUGGGAAAAAUCUAGAUCCUUUUUCUAUUACCGCUUAUUAAGGAGAUUGAUAUUACAUACAUUAAACAAAAAGUUUGGAGAUUCUUAUGCCAAUUGUGAUGAAAUUAAGGAUAUUAUCAACGGCCUUAAAAAUUCUGAAAGUGAUGACCAAAUUGUAUGCAAAAGCGUUUUAACUGGAAAUGUUUUAAAAAAUAUAAACAAGAUAAAAGAUGAAAUUUUACAUAAAAAAACUUUAGAUGGUAUUUUCAAAGAAUUCCAAAAUUUAUCAAAAACACAAAAAAUGGAACUUUAUAAAAAAAUUAGUUCUUAUGAAUUUUAA